GAACAUUCCUCGGCACCACAACAAGCGAGGGAAGGACGCCGCGCCGGGUUGAAGUUGAGCUGCCUUAACACUCUAUUUUAGGCAUGAGUGGCGGAGUUUACGGUGGAGAUGAAGUGGGGGCGCUGGUGUUUGAUCCUGGCCACUCCUCCCUGAGGGUGGGCUAUGCUGGGGAAGAUUCUCCCAAGUUUGAUGUCCCAUCAUGGGUGGGGGUCAUUGAGGAUCAAGAGACUAAUGAGAAGAAAUAUCACAUUGACACAGUAGCUCUUCAUGUUCCUCGUAAAGGAUGUGAGGUGGUGAACUACAUGAAGGAGGGGAUGAUAGAGGACUGGGACACCUUUGAGAAAGUCCUGGACUACUCCUAUGAAAAGUGUAUUAAGAGUGAGGCCCAGUAUCACCCAGUCCUCUUCUCAGAAGCCACUUGGAACGUUCGUGGUAAAAGGGAGCGGCUUUGUGAACUAGUUUUUGAAAAGUAUCAGGUGCCAGCCUUCUUCCUGGUCAAAUCUGCUGUUCUUGCUGCAUUUGCCAAUGGCCGGUCAACAGGUCUGGUAUUGGACUCAGGCGCCACACACACCUCAGCCAUCCCAGUCCAUGAUGGCUACGUUCUCCAGCAUGCCAUUGUUAAGUCUCCUCUCGGAGGAGAUUUUCUCUUGAACCAGGCCAAUAAUUUUCUGAAGGAGUCAGGUGUGGACAUUGUUCCUUCAUACAUGGUGGCAGACAAGCAAUCCGUCAAGGAAGGAGACCGACCCAAAUGGACCAAAAAGAACAACCUUGUAGAGGUGACACCUUCCUGGCACAACUACAUGAAGCGUGAGGUGGUGCGGGACUUCCAACAGACCUUGUUGCACUGCUCCGAGGCGCCCUAUGAUGAGGACGCCAUCAUGGGCAUCCCCACAGAACCUUAUGAAUUCCCUUCAGGCUACAACAAUGAAUAUGGGCUGGAACGCUACCGGAUCACUGAGAGCCUCUUUGACCCCAGCUACAUCAAGGGUGUGGGCUCCACCAUGCUGGGAAUGUCUCAUGUUGUUUCCACUAGUAUUGGCUUGUGUGACAUUGACCUGCGGCCAAGUCUGUACUCCAGCGUGAUAGUGACUGGUGGCAACUCCCUCCUCAAUGGAUACGUGGAACGCCUCAACCGUGAUCUGUCUAGUCGCACUCCACCCAACAUGAGGUUCAAAUUGAUCUCCUCCACUGGUACUACAGAAAGGAGGUUUGGCUCAUGGAUCGGAGGCUCCAUUCUGGCCUCCCUGGGAUCCUUCCAACAGAUGUGGAUAAGUAAACAAGAAUAUGAUGAGUCAGGUAAGUCACAGGUGGAAAGGAAAUGCCCGUAGACUUGCUUCCUUUGUGUACAGCGAGGCAGGAUAGAUAACUUAGUAAAUGUGUUCAAUUCUCUAUGUUCAUAAGUAAAUGGUGUUUAACAAGCACAUGCAAGGUAAGCUUGAAUGACUAACUGUGAGACCUAAAAAUGUGGAAAAUGUUUGCAGCAUUAUCAGAGCAGUCUUAUGUGUACGUAGAUAUCAUUUAAGAGUAUGGAGUUAAAAUUGACAUAAAGGUUUUAAGCCACAAUAUUUGAUGUUAAUGAAUUAAAGAUUACUUCUAAGAUUUACAAUCAAUAGUAGUUUAUUAUACUUUUUUGUUUAUUCUCAUUGAUUGUCCUGUUAUAUAGGAAUCAUUGUUCAUUUUUCAAAAUCGGUAUUCAUUCACUAUCAUUUUAUUGUGCCCUGGAAGUUUAGACACUAAAAUUCAAAAAUGUGUUUUAUCUUGUGUGAGGUGUAGGGGUAUGGAAAUGUGUGUAUGAUGGGAUGGUGUGUGUGUGUGUGUGUGUGUGUGUGUGUGUGUGUGUGUGUGUGUGUGUGUGUGUGUGUGCAGGCAUCAAGCAUUUUGUCACUUGAUGAGAUAUUAGUAAGUAUUUUAUAUAUAAAAUUAAUACUAGCUG